AUGGACAGCCCAUACAAGCGUGAGCUCCAGGUGGCCAUUCGGGCCGUCGAGCAGGCGGCGCGUGUAAGCCAGGCCGUUCUACCGGACACAGACAAAGGUGCCGUCGAGAAGGACAACCUGGGCCCUGUCACAAUUGGGGACUUUGCCAUUCAGGCUUUGCUGACGGCAUCGCUGCACGCGGCGUUCCCGGACGACAUAUUUGUCGGCGAAGAGGACGCCAGCGCGCUGCGUACUGAUCCUGUGCUGUGCGAGCGCGUCUGGACGACACUCCAGCGGACGGUGGACACGAGCGCCGCACCCAGCACCGGCGCACAAUGCGUGCUGCCGACGAGCGAAGCCGACCUGUGCGACACAAUUGACCGGUGCCAGAACGCUCCCGGGCCCGGUCGCGUGUGGGUGUUUGACCCGAUCGACGGGACCAAGACGUUUUUGCGGCGCGAGAUGUAUGCCAUUAAUGUGGCCCUGCUCGUCGACGGGCAGCAGACGGUGGCCGUCGUGGGAUGCCCCCUGCUGUCGCCCGAUGCAGAGACGGGCGACACGGCUGCAACGGCAACGAUCCAGAACGACUCUAUUGACCCAACGGGACGAGGCAGCCUUUUCUUUGCCGUCAAGGGUUACGGGGCCUAUGCGCGGCCCCUGUUUGAGGCGUCGCGACAGAACAGAGGAUCGGUUCUCGCUGUGGCCGCAACGGCAGUGCCGAGACGCCUGCCCCGCUACGCUGCACCCUCGCCGUCGUCACAAACAGUCCUACGGCCUGUUACGUGCUAUUUUCUCCAAGAAUCGGCCCUCGACGACGUGCACCGGGCCGUGGCAGACCGGCUAGGCGUCCCCUUUCCCGGCAGCGACCUGCUAGGAUGGGUGCCUCGGUGGUCCGCGCUGGCGACGGGACGGGCCAACAUGACCGUUUGGGUGUACCGGCGGCGCGACAGGCACGCCAAGAUCUGGGACCACGCAGGUGCCAUGCUGUUGUUUGGGGAGGUGGGUGGCAAGAUCACCGACGUGGACGGCAAGCCGCUGGACCUGUUGGCCGGCCGGAUCUUGGUCAACAACUUUGGAUUUGUCGCAGCGCCGGUCGACGCGCACGAGGCGGUGCUGAAGGCGGUACAUGCCGUGCUGCGUGAUCAAGGACGGACCGAUUUGUUGGGUCCGAAUUGA